UGGUUUUGUUGAGCAGUCUAAUCACAGACUCAGCAGCACGCAGAGCAGCGCGCGGGGGAAACGCACAGGAGAGAGGGUUCAGUUUCAAACCGAGUUUUGAGUUCAAAACAAAUUAAGAAACUAAAGUGGUUUGUGAUGCGUGUGGAGUUGUGCGGGUUUGUAGAGCUAAACAAGAAAGAUUUAGACACCAGUAGAGACACACACAGAGAGAGAGAGAGAGAGACAGAGACAGAGACACGCAGCAGCACCUGAAACCUGUUGCCGUGAAGCGGGGCGUCAGUGAGGAAUAAACCGCGCUGUGGAGUGGGUCAGUGGGUUUAACUCCAGUGUUUGUGCACACAUUGGAUUAUUUCACUUGUCAUUGGGAACCCGGAAGAAAGCCUAAAGGAAAUUGCCUCCUAAAACUGCACUUAGUUGAAACCUGUUAAGGGAAAAAUGAACUUUUUACAGCGCGCGCGGUGAAUGAUUUACUCCGCGGAGGGAGUGUGUGGAUGUGCUGCUUUCCGGAGAAUGGUGUGUGUGUGAAACGUCCUCGCGCACUUGGAGCAAAGUGCACUGUGGGUCUGGAAUGAAACUGAGCUCUGAUUUACGACGCUGUGGACUGUGGAUAUGCUGCUGGAACAAUUACGGUUUCCUUCAGGGAUUUCUUCUUUCCGAAGGCUUGCCGUAAAUUAGAAACAGGGUCCCGAGCUGAGAAAACACUCAAAGAGUAAAUUCCAACUUUCCUGAUUAUUUUUGGUCUCCUCUAAUAUUUGUGACUAAAGUCCAGGGACAUUUGACCAUGGGGAAGCCUCCUGCCUCUGCUGUGGUGUUUCGGCUGCUUGCUUUGCUUGUCUCACAGCUGCCACGUCUGGCACUCACUGCCUCCAAGGACAUAGUGUGUGAGCCCAUCACGGUGCCCAUGUGCAAAGGCAUUGGCUACAACCUCACCUACAUGCCCAACCAGUUCAAUCAUGACACGCAGGAUGAGGUGGGGUUAGAGGUGCAUCAGUUUUGGCCUCUGGUUCGGAUACGUUGCUCUCCGGAUUUGCUGUUUUUCCUUUGCAGCAUGUACACCCCCAUCUGUCUCCCAGACUACAAAAAGCCUCUGCCACCAUGCCGUUCUGUCUGUGAGAGGGCCAAGAAGGGCUGCUCACCUCUCAUGAUCCAGUAUGGUUUCGACUGGCCUGAGCGUAUGAGCUGUGAGCAGCUCCCCAUGCUGGGUGACCCGGACCGGCUGUGCAUGGAUCAGAACAACAGUGAGACCACCACUCUGUCGCCCUCGUUCCCCAAACCUACUCCCAAGGGCCCGAACCGAUACAGAUCCACGGCCAAAUCUAGCACGCCUCAGAAGUGCGAUCGCGAGUGCCGCUGUCGCGAGCCUUUGGUACCGAUCAAGAAAGAGUCCCAUCCGUUGUAUAACCACGUGCAAACGGGCUCACUGCCCAACUGUGCUCUUCCUUGCCACCAGCCCUAUUUCUCACAGGAUGAACGUGCUUUUACAACCUUCUGGAUCGGUUUGUGGUCUGUACUGUGCUUCAUCUCCACCCUCACUACCGUGGCCACGUUCCUUAUCGACAUGGAGCGCUUUAAGUACCCUGAGCGGCCCAUCAUUUUCCUGGCCGCCUGCUACCUCUUUGUGUCACUGGGCUACAUUGUGCGCUUGCUGGCGGGCCAUGAACGCGUGGCGUGCGGUGGCUCUGGCGACCAGCAGCACAUCCUGUACGACACCACAGGUCCAGCCCUGUGCACGCUGGUCUUCCUGCUCAUCUACUUCUUCAGCAUGGCCAGCUCCAUCUGGUGGGUGGUGCUGUCGUUCACCUGGUUCUUGGCCGCAGGAAUGAAGUGGGGGAAUGAAGCCAUCGCUGGCUACUCGCAGUACUUUCAUCUGGCAGCGUGGCUGGUGCCCAGCGUCAAGUCUAUUGCAGUUCUGGCGCUCAGCUCCGUAGAUGGAGACCCUGUUGCUGGAAUCUGCUACGUGGGCAACCAGAGUCUGGAGAGCUUGCGAGGCUUUGUGCUAGCACCUCUAGUAGUCUACCUCUUCUCUGGGUCACUCUUCCUGCUGGCCGGUUUCGUGUCGCUCUUUCGCAUCCGCAGUGUCAUCAAGCAGGGUGGCACCAAGACGGACAAAUUGGAGAAGUUGAUGAUUCGUAUCGGCCUGUUCACCGUGCUCUACACUGUGCCAGCCACUAUCGUGGUGGCGUGCUUGGUCUAUGAGCAGCACCACCGGCCCGGCUGGGAGCAGGCACUGGCCUGUACCUGCCCCUCCGAACGCCAGCAGCUCGGUCUUGGACCUGAAUACGCAGUCUUCAUGUUGAAGUACUUCAUGUGCUUGGUGGUGGGAAUCACCUCUGGCGUGUGGAUCUGGUCAGGAAAGACAGUAGAGUCCUGGCGGAGGUUUGCUGCACGCUGCUUCCCCUGCAGGGCCAGAAAGCCACCUGCAUCAGCUUCCUCUAUGUACAGUGAAGCUAGCACGGCACUGACUGCUCGAGCCGGGUCAGCACCGCCCGGAUCCUACCACAAAUCUGCUCCACCAUCUCAUGUCUGAGCAAACGGGUCCACUUGGAUUUAACAUGAAGGAUCAUAACAAGCUGCUGUCUUGUCCCUUAAAUAGCCAAGGCCUUCGGUUCUACAUGUGCGGAUAAAAUCGAAAACGGAUUUUAGAUUCUGGAUGGAAGAGAGGAAGAAAAACAAUUAAGGAAUUAACUGGAGAAUGAACUCCUGGCUCAAGUAAUGCUGGAAGAAGAAGAAAAAAUCCCCCACAGGAACUACAAGACACUGUCCUACCUAACACUUGUUGUGGGCAUGUUAUUUAUUUGUGUAUGUAGAUAUUUGUUCCUUUCACAUUGUGUUCCACAGAGAAUGCCCCAGCUGUGUGUGUUUGUGCUUUUAUAAUGGAAACCAGAGGUGGAAUAUUUUCACUCUAUUGAGACCUUGUUGUAUUUGAAAUUCCACGCCCAGUCAUGAAAUGUGCUUUGCUGGUGAACGAUAAGUGCUGUGGUGAGUUUGUUUGGAAAUACACCCAAACCUCCUGUAUAUAAUUGUGUGGGAGAAGGGGGGGGGGGGACACGACGACAACAGCGGAAAAUGUUAAGUCUGUCAUGUAACACAGCGUCUACGGGUAUCUCGUGCUCACAUACGUUGGCAGGACGAGCAGUUAAGUUUACUGAUUCCACAGCCUGGUGUGUUUUCGUGCAAGGUUUGCUAUCAGACGGCUCUACAAGAUGAACUCAGUAUACGCCGAAGAUAAAUCUAAAACAUCCUGUAGAAGUUUUGUCCCAGAAAAUGUGCGAUUAGACAAACCAUAUCAAUCCUGAAACAGAAGUCGUGCAGAAAACUCGAGACAGUUCGCUGAUGGACUUGACGGCACUAAACUUGACACCCACCUAGUGGUCAUUUUAUAUUCUGUCAUGUCAUUAAAAUACAUUUAGUUAAGCUGGACUUUAUUUAAGAUCAUAAGUCAGACGUAGAUCACUUUACAGUUUACAUACUUGUAAUAGAUUUGGUCAAUUCUCCUGUCAGAGCCUAUCCCCUGUGUGUGUGUGUGUGUGCGCGAUGUCUCAUGAAGCGGUUGUAGAUCUGAGUAAACAUUUGUACUUAUGAAUCACUCAAAAGUGGCAACGUUAGAAUUUUAGGGUUCUCUUACUACAACAUUGUUAAUUUAACGGUCCAGACGCCAUAGACUUUUCUCAAAUCUUUUGCAUUCUGCUGCUUAACUUUGUUCUGACUGUACAGAUAAUACCAGUCUGAUCCGACAGCACUGUCGUUUCAUGUUUCUGAGCGUGUACAUAUUUGUUUUGCCCUCUGUGUGUGUGUAAAUCAUGUAAUGGGCAUUUCUUUUUCUUUUUUUUUUUCCCCUUUUUAACAGCCUACACUGUGGCUGUGUGUGUAAAUACUUUUUUCUUAAACAAAAUGUCGAUUAAUUGCUGAGAUUUUUAAAGAAGAUUUAGAUAUUUAUGAAAAAUCGGAGUGGUUUUUUUUGUGUUGCAUUGGUUUCUCUUAUCUGUAGAGAAUAAAACUGUGGAGCAAUCUGUGA